AAAUACUGGCCAGACGUGUUGGUUCACGCCUGUAAUCCCAGCACUUUGGGAGGCUGAGGCGGGAGGAUUACUUGAGCCUAGGAGUUUGAGACCAGCCUGGGCAACAUAGCAAGAUCCCAUCUCUACACAAAAGUGAAAAAAUUAGCUGAACAAGGUGGCAUGCAUAUGCUACUCCAGACGCUGAAGUGGGAAGAUUACUUAAGUCUGCGAGAUCAAGGCUUCAGUGAGAUAUGAUUGAGACACUGCACUCAGCCUGGAUGACAGAGAUUGGAGACACAAAAUCAGAAAUUAAGAUUCUAAGCAUAGGCGGAGGUGCAGGUGAAAUUGAUCUUCAAAUUCUCUCCAAAAUUCAGGCUCAAUACCCAGGAGUUUGUAUCAACAAUGAAGUUGUUGAGCCAAGUGCUGAACAAAUUGGCAAAUACAAAGAGCUUGUAGCCAAGACAUCAAACCUUGAGAACGUAAAGUUUGCUUGGCAUAAGGAGACAUCAUCUGAAUAUGAAAGUAGAAUGCUGGAGAAAAAGGAGCUUCAAAAGUGGGACUUUAUUCAUAUGAUUCAGAUGCUGUACUAUGUAAAAGACAUCCCAGCUACCCUGAAAUUCUUCCAUAGUCUCUUAGGUACCAAUGCUAAGAUGCUCAUUAUUGUUGUGUCAGGAAGCAGUGGCUGGGACAAGCUGUGGAAAAAGUACGGAUCACGCUUUCCCCAGAAUGACCUCUGCCAGUAUGUCACAUCAGGUGACCUCACUCAGAUGCUGGACAACCUAGGGCUUAAGUAUGAGUGCUAUGACCUUUUUUCCACCAUGGACAUAUCUGACUGCUUUAUUGAUGGUAAUGAAAAUGGAGACCUGCUUUGGGACUUUUUGACCGAAACCUGCAACUUUAAUGCCACAGCACCACCUGAUCUCAAAGCAGAGCUUGGGAAAGAUCUACAAGAGCCUGAAUUUAGUGCUAAGAAAGAGGGGAAGGUUCUUUUUAAUAAUACUCUGAGUUUUGUAGUGAUCGAGGCAUAACUAUCAAUCACAGAAGUAUAUUCAAAAAUUAUAUUUUGAACAACUCGGAUCACUCAUUUAUUUCCAUAUUAAAAUCACAAACUCAUCCAUUAAUGUAGAUAAAGCACCGUUUGGAUGUGAGAUGUAGCAAAUUCCAAGACAUUAUUGGGCUUCCAUUUGGAAUCAUAUGGGAUACUGCUGGUCUUAUCCUGUCCCUCCUCCAGGUAGAGAGACCACAUGCAGGCUCAACAUAACAUGAGCUAGAAAAAUUAGACGACUGAAUUUCUAUGGCAUAUUGAUAAUAAAAUUCAUUCCAUUUGCUGAUUGUCUGAAAUUUUCUAGAAUACUAAUAAAAUAUAUACUAUAGAUUCUUCAUUAGUGAAGUAUGCACUUAUCAAUACUUUGAACACAAAGCCUGUGUUACUGAUUUGGCCCUUUUGUGAAGAAACAUUUGUCUUUGUAGGUUCUUCUGUUGUACUUUCUAUCUUACUUUUAUUAAUUUUUAAGAGUAAGCACCUUUAGAAUAUUAAAAAUUAAUUCUUUA